AUGGCGCUUUGCGUGGGGCUGCGAGCUCCUCUGCACUCCGUUCCCGCUGCAAGGCCUUUACAUGGCCUGUCGGAAGCGCGGCGUCGGGCCCCGGAGGAGGCGCCACGAUGCAUCGCAGCUGCUGCAACAGCGGCUGCUGCCACAGCAAUGAGUGGCCGAAGCCGCGGACGACGAAGAGUUGAGCCACCGCGGGCUUUGAAACCGAGCAUCACCUUCGCACAAAGGUCCUUGGAGGUGGAUGAAACUGAGGCCUUUGCAUUGGUGGAGGAGAUCCGGGCCUUCGCAGUCGCCCGGGACGGCGACGAUGCCACGGGCACGCGGACGAAGCACUGGACUCAGCGGCUCUGCAGAGGUUUAGAGGCUCAUCCGGGGCUCCGGCCGUUGCUCCAGGAGGAGGGAGGGGUCGAAGCUGCCUUGUUGGAGCUGGAGACGCGAUCGGCAAAGCACACGGAGAUGUUCAAAGGCAUCACCGAGCAUCACGCAGCUCUCCGGGAGGGCAGUGCAGCAGAUGCAGAGGAAUACAGCGAACAGGCUGCCUACAUGGCCGAACAGUGGUGGAUCCGAAUCGCCAAGCAACGAAUCAUCUCCUUGAUCGACCAGUACUACCUGCUCACGGGCGAGCAGAUGCGCCGCGGCCAUCCGCGCUGGGCGUUCCCCCGCGAAUCACUGACUUUGCCGAAAGGUUGGGUGAAGUACGAGGUGAAAGGUCGCACUCUGUAUUGGAACCCAGAGAAGAUGAAAAUGGAGACUCGAGCGCCAGCUCCUGCAGAAGGAAAGGAGCCACCCUCGCCGAGAGAUCCGCCGGUGAGGUUGCUGGAUAUCGGCAGCAACACGAACAGCUUUCUCGAGUUUCCCUUCCAUGUGACGCCUUAUGCCCUGGAUCUGCAGCCGAACCCUGCCGCGGAAGGCGUGUUCCAGGCAGACUUCUUUGACGUGCCCAUUGUUGAGGCGCCGGAUGCCGAAGAGCCGCUGAUUCUCGACGAAGAUGGAAAACUGAAGGGAAUUGUAGCUGGAUCCAUGGAUGUGGUUGUGAUUUGCCUGGUUCUCUCCUUCUUGCCAACGCCCGAGAAGAGAAUUGAGAUGGUGGCAAAGGCACGGAAGUGCCUGCGGGACGAUCGUGGCAUGCUCUUUGUUGUGGAGGGUGCUGCUGCAAUCGUCGAAGCAAGCUGGCACCAUGAAGAUGAAGCGGCAGAAUGGUCCAAAGCCAUGGAGAGUGCUGGGUUCAAGGCGCUGCUGUACAGCGACAUCGUGAACGAAGGUCGUCGCAAGAAGCGUGCUUUGCAAUGGGCCUUGGAAACGGCUCCAGUGACAGAUGGCGAAUUGAAGCCCUUGCGCAUCGCCAAAGAGAUGGAGUUCUGA